ACUGGUCCUUUAAAAUUCCACCUGUUACCAGAUUAACCAACUCAUUUGAAAUCAACGGCUCGGAUUCAUUGUCCUUCAGAUCUCGCAAUCAGCCACUUUAAAUUUGCGUCUUCACCUCUACCGCCGUUUUUACCAACACUUCACAAAAUUAUUAUUCGUAUUGUUUUUUUCUGUUCUGUUUUCUUCUUUGCAUGCAAAAACGACGAUGAAAGACACGAAACGACACUCGUCGGAAUCGACUCUCCGACGUGUGGAUUCUGUUGAGGCAGUUACGAAAUUGGAGAAUGUUCACCGGAGGAGGUUGAAAAUCCGGAGAAUGAAGUAUAGUUGUCAAACGAAGAUCCACGUCGGAAAUGACACCGGCAGUGGUACGGUGACGGAGAAUGAGCGACGAGAGAUUCAUGAAUCGGUUGAGAUAUCGCUAUCUUUAGCAACUUCCUCAUCAUCGGAGGAGGAAGAUCGGAGCUCAAAGCGAAAUGGAUCAGAAGUUCUAUCGUACGGUUCGGUGUCUACGAUAGGCACUAGGAAGGAAAUGGAGGAUGCGGUGAGUGUGGAGAUAGGUUUUGCGGUUAAGGAUAGUGAGAAGUGUGAUUUUUUCGGUGUUUAUGACGGUCACGGCGGAGCUCAGGUUGCAGAGGCGUGUAAGGAGAGGUUUCAUCAGGUUGUGGCGGAGGAGGUGGAGAGAUGUGGGAAGGAUGAUGAAUGGGAUUGGGAAAGAGUGAUGGAAGGGUGUUUUGGUAAAAUGGAUAGUGAGGUGGCAGGUGAUGCAGCUGUUAGGACUGUGGGGUCCACUGCUGUUGUGGCAGUUGUUUCCACGACCGAGAUUGUUGUCGCAAAUUGUGGCGAUUCUAGAGCGGUUAUGGGAAGAGCCGGCGAAGCUGUGGACUUGUCUACUGAUCAUAAACCGGACAGGCCUGAUGAGUUGAUGCGCAUAGAAGAAGUUGGUGGAAGGGUCAUAAACUGGAAUGGCCAUCGUGUUCUUGGCGUUCUUGCCACUUCCCGAUCUAUAGGAGAUCAAUAUCUUCGACCAUAUGUAAUAUCGAAACCUGAAGUCACUGUGACAAAGCGAACCAUCGAUGAUGAAUUUCUCAUACUAGCAAGUGAUGGCUUGUGGGGUGUCAUAUCUAGUGAACUUGCUUGCCAAAUUGCAAGAAAAUGCUUCAAAGGCCAAAUUAGGAGAGUUUGUCAUGGGGUUGGUAAUCAAAGUAGUCGUGCUGCUGAAGCUGCAACACUAUUAUCUGAGAUAGCAUUGGCAAAGGGUAGCAGAGACAAUACCAGUGUCAUAGUAGUUGACCUAAGAGGAACAUUAACAUCUAGUUGACGCCUCUAUUUUCAAUCAAGGUUGUGCACCCUUUGACCUAAGAUAUUAUUUCGUAUAUAUAUAUAUAUAUAUAAUAUGGUAAUUAAGUCGCGUAAGAAAUAUAAUCUCUAACACACUCUUAUUAGUUGAAAUUUAUGUGAGUUUCUUCGCAUUCGAAAUCAAUUUCGCCACAUUAGGAAUGAGACAUGUGUGUUAGUGAUUAUCCAAUAAUUGAUGUAAAUUAUUGUAUUGUUUUAUCAUAAUUGAUCUGGGAAUUGUGUGAGAAAUUGAACUUGAAAAGUUUGUACAUAAUCGUAUCUCAAUUUUGAAAGGAAAAAAAAAAAAGUGAUCUAGGGAUCCAUAUUCUGCAAAA